CGAACAAUCCCCACUCCACUCAAAAUUCUGUAACAAACUUAUCUGCAUCACCUUUUCAAAUUUCAAUUCUUCAACAAUCUUUCAAAACCUUAUCCAUGUUGUACCUUUUUCAAAAUUUCAAUUCCACAAAAAUCUCAUUCUCUCUCCAUUUUCAUCUUUAUUCAAUUUUAUUUUUUAUUUUUUUUUUCUUCUUUCUUUUCCUCCAAUUCACAAACAUGCCAAUAUGAAUCAUCAACCAACAAUAGCCCAAACACCACUCCCAUUGGGGGUCUCCAAUGUCAUUGCUUUCUUCCACCUUCCAAACCCAAAAAUCUUCCAACUCUUCCUCAUCAGCAGCGUCGCCACUUUCUCCCUAGGCACUGCCAUGAUCAUUGAGUGGUUCUACCACGGUCAGCAUCACCCGGGUUACCAUUGGAUCAUCUACUUUGCUCCGUCAAUGGUGGUGUUCCCCCUCCUCAUGUUCAUCAUUUGCCUAAUCUCCGCCAACCUUUUCAGGACUAAGGAUCAAGCUAAACCCACUUUGCCAGUUGUUAUUGACCAAUCAGAAUCAAACCAUUCAUUGACUCAACAGUCACUGCAUUGGGAAAUACGCGACGGGGAGGUGCAAGUUGAAGAGGUGGAGGCAUUGAUUGAUCAGGAAGCCAUGGUGCAAGUUGGAGCCGUUUGUGAUCAUACAUCUGAUUUGAUCAAUGUAGAUCGGGCAAGGACAGGUAAUGGUGAUGAUUUGACUUUGAGAAGAUCACUUUCUUUGUCAUUUUCUCGAGCUUUCCCGGAAAACUGCAGCAACUUGAAGCGCUCGUUGAGCAUUCGAUAAAGAUAUAUAGCUUUAUUGUUGCUUGUUAAAAUUUCAAGUCUUUCAUCUUCUUGUUGCAGUUAAUAAGUGUCUUGAGAAGUUUUUCUGAUAUUGAUGAUUUUUGUUACGAAAAUUCUAUAUGCACUUUGGUUAUGAUUUUGUAUUUUUUUUUUUAUUAUCUAAUGUAUUGUUAAUUAUGAUAUAUCGUGAUGU